AUGCUUGUUAUGAGCUCAUCGAACUGUUUCAACGCCGGCAGUGAUGAGGAUCUGUUCAGUGAUGAGAGUAUUCCGUUGCGGAACGCACCAAUUACGGAUUUUUCCGAUGAGAAUUACGCGUUCAACUCAUUCAAUCCCGACUCGCCUCAACUGCACACAAAAGCCACCAACUCCGUGAAGGCGUCUGUGCCUGAAAGCAGCAGCAGCAGCACUGACCUGUUGAAUUCGACACAGGUAAACGAAGAUGAUCACGACUUCAAGAAUGGAUCGUCGUCUGAACGCGGCGGCGAUAACUCUGAAACCGCAGAAGUGGUGGUGGACACUGCCCAGAAUCAGCCUCAGAAGCCGAUUUCAACGAAUCACGAUAGCAACGCUACGGUGGCCACGAAAGUUUUACCAUCGAAGCCUAUUCGACCGAUUUUAAGGACUNGAGGCUUAAGUCAACCGAUUUUGCAGCUCUCAAGUGGCAGCACUACGAUAGAUGAUUCAUUUCCAUUCCUGGGAUCUGUACGAAAGAGUAUACCAUCACCGAGGGACAAUUACGUACAAAAACACAAUCGUCAUGCUCAGAAUAAUCAAGAUCAUGAACAUGAUCAUGGAUUUGAGAGAUGCAAGCAUGGACAAGCAGCUGCAUUGAACGAUGACUUGAAUGGAACCAAUGUGAAGUUCUCAAGUGAUCGUUCGUUGUCAACAAUUGAGUCGGGUCAUGCCUACAAUCCAUACGAACAACAACAACGCCAACACCCGCUUCAUACGGCAUCGUUUCGCAUUUCGCCGUCCUCUAGUGGAAAGUUAUCAAGACGGCAUUCGUAUCUAGCGAAUCGUUCCAGUCAUCCCGCAUUACCCACGUCCAUCUCGAAUCCUACGUGUUCCGAUUAUCCAUUGCAAGCAUCCAGCGGAUUCUAUCGUGAAUCGAGUAUGCCUCCGCUCACCACCAUAUCCACGUCUAAUCAUCACACUUACAAUGUGCCGACCGCAGCAGCCGUCGGUUCCGGUGUGCUUCAGUCGAUGAAUCGCCCUUUGAAUGCUGCAGAUUUACGCUCGAUGCCUAGUGCGUGUUUCACUGCUGAACAAAUGCCACCACCACCACCAUCGUCACACUACUCACCGAUGACUGCAGAGGGUGACAUCGGCUUUGGUGCCGCCAAUAUGGCUAGUGGCGAUAAUCGUAUCAUCCAUCCAACUGCAUUUCCAUGUUCAACGUCGCAACAACCGGCUCGAUUACCUCGUAUCAAAUCGUUGAUCGACCGUCAGCUACGGAAAUUCUCCAGUGAAACAAGUUUCGCGACAACACCCGACACGGGCAGCGAUUCAUCGGAGCAUGAGCUGACUGGUGGA